AUGUCUGGUCCUUCGCGUCAGCAGCUUCUGCAAAUCUUCAAGGCCCAGCUCACGGCCUUCCAGCAGAGUCGCGAUGCCUUCACCGUCUUCUCCAAGAUAACCCCGCCCUCCUCUUCAUCCACACUACCAAAGACACUCAUCGUCCUCGACUCAUCCUUCAACCCGCCAACAGUAGCACACCUACGCAUGGCCGCCUCGGCCAUUCGCUCUGCCUCUCACGCCAUCGCAGAUACCCGCGUGCUCCUCCUCCUCGCGGUGAACAAUGCCGACAAGGCGCCCCAGCCGGUUGCCUUCCCUACGCGCAUGGCGCUGAUGCAGCACUUUGCACUCGACCUCACAGACGCCAUCGAGGGCAACGGCAUUGCGGUCGACCUUGGUCUCACGACGCUGCCGUACUUUCCAGACAAGAGCGCGGCCAUUGCGGAUGAGGGCCGGUACGGGGACGCCGAGCAGGUGUUCCUGGCGGGCUACGACACGCUCGUGCGGAUCUUCGACCCGAAAUACUAUCCUGGCGGCAUGGCCCAGGCGCUCGGGCCGUUCCUGGACAGAGCAAAGGUGCGCAUCACGAUGCGGGUCGGCGGCGACUGGGGUGGGAAGGGGGAGCAGGAGGGUUAUCUCGCAGGGUUGAGGGAAGGGGGGUUCGAGCAGGCGGGCGGGCGACGAGAGUGGGCCGAGCGAGUUGAGCUGGUGGAUGGCGACGAGGAGGUUGUCAGCAGCACCAGGGUGAGGCAGGCGCUGAAGGGGCGUGACGCUGCAGACGAGAAGGUGGUAGACAAGUUCAUCACGGCAGCCGUUAGGGAAUGGGUUCUCGAAGAGAAACUGUAUCAGGAAGACUGA